AGGCAGGCGGGCUCCCAGGCCAGGCCACUGCACCUGUCAGGUGAGGGGGAGGAGAGGCUUGGCUGCCAGAUUCAACUGGAAAGGAACCAGUCCCAGCCCAGCCACACCUGGGAGUAGGGAGAAGGAGGCAGCUCAGACCUCCUGGAGCCCUGCAGUCCCAGGGCAGAGAGGGAGUCAGAACAGAGCUUAGAGGCCAGGGUCAGACACAGGAGAGAGGGCCCAGGUGAGAGAGGGAAAGAUAGAGGAGGAAGAGGAAGAGAGGCAGGAUCAGAGAGCCUGGCACAGGGAGAGGAGACUGGCAAGGAAGAGGAGAACUGAGAGAGACUCAAAGAGAAGCAGAAGGCAGUCAGAGAGGGUGUGAGACGCAGGAACCAAGCCACAGUCCUGAAGGAACAGGGCUAGAGGCAGACUGACCAGCAGGGCAGAGGCCUCCUGCUGUGGAGACAGAAAGGGAGGUGCUAGCGCGGAAACCAAAGGUGGCCUUAUCUGGGAAGCAGAGAGGCCACUCCAGGGAAGCCCACAGCCAGCUCCUUGGCCCAGACUCCAGCAGGGCUCAAUGAAGGGGGACAAGCUUAAGGAGCAAGACCUUUGCCCUCCUCCACCUACCCAAGGGCUCAUGAAGGGGGACAAGCGUGAGGAACAGGGGCUGGGCCCCGAACCUGCAGUCCCCCCGCAGCCCACAGAGGAGGAGGAGGCCCUGAUCGAGUUCCACCGUUCCUACCGAGAGCUCUUCCAGUUCUUCUGCAACAAUACCACCAUCCACGGUGCCAUCCGCCUGGUAUGCUCGAAGCACAACCGCAUGAAGACAGCGUUCUGGGCCGUGCUCUGGCUCUGCACGUUUGGCAUGAUGUACUGGCAGUUUGCCCUGAUGUUUGAGGAGUACUUCAGCUACCCCGUCAGCCUCAACAUCAACCUCAACUCCGACAAGCUGGUCUUCCCUGCUGUCACCGUCUGCACUCUCAAUCCCUACAGGUACAAUGAAAUUAAAAGUGAACUGGAAGAACUGGACCACAUCACAGAACAGACGCUUUUUGACUUGUACAAAUACAAGUUCAAUACGCUGCUGGUCAGUCCCCGCGGCCGUCGCGAUCUCGGGGGCAGUCUACCACACCCCCUGCAGCGCCUGACGGUCCUGCCCCCGCCCCACAAGGCCCGCAGAGCACGCAGCGCGACCUCCAGCAUGAGGGACAACAACCCCCAAGUGGACAGGAAAGACUGGAAGAUCGGCUUCCAACUGUGCAACCAGAACAAAUCUGACUGCUUCUACCAAACAUACUCAUCAGGGGUGGAUGCAGUGAGGGAGUGGUACCGCUUCCACUACAUAAACAUUCUGUCCAGGCUGCCAGCUACCUCACCAUCCCUGCAGGAGGAAGCCCUGGGCAACUUCAUCUUCACCUGCCGCUUCAACCAGGCCUCCUGCAACCAGGCUCCUGGAAGCUGGGAAGUCUCAAGAGCAUGGUGCUGGCUUUUGGUGCAGGCCUCUAUAAUAUUAAAAAGGAAUUACUCCCACUUCCACCACCCAAUGUAUGGGAAUUGCUAUACUUUCAACAAUAAGAACAAUUCCAACCUCUGGAUGUCUUCCAUGCCAGGAGUCAACAAUGGUCUGUCCCUGACACUGCGCACAGAGCAGAAAGACUUCAUUCCCCUGCUGUCCACAGUGACUGGGGCCAGGGUAAUGGUGCAUGGGCAGGAUGAGCCUGCCUUUAUGGAUGAUGGUGGCUUUAACCUUCGGCCUGGUGUGGAGACCUCCAUCAGCAUGAGGAAGGAAGCUCUGGAUAGGCUUGGAGGCAACUAUGGUGACUGCACUAAGAAUGGCAGUGACAUCCCUGUCAAGAACCUUUACCCUUCCAAGUACACGCAGCAGGUGUGCAUCCACUCCUGCUUCCAGGAGAGCAUGGUCAAGGAGUGUGGCUGCGCCUACAUCUUCUACCCUCGGCCUAAGGGUGUGGAGUACUGUGACUACAGGAAGCACAGCGCUUGGGGCUACUGCUACUAUAAACUCCUGGGAGCCUUCUCUACAGACAGCCUGGGCUGUUUCACCAAGUGCCGGAAGCCUUGCAGUGUGACCAAUUACAAGCUGUCUGCUGGUUACUCACGAUGGCCCUCAGUGAAAUCCCAGGACUGGAUUUUCCAGAUGCUGUCCCUACAGAACAAUUACCCUGUCAACAAUAGAAGAAAUGGAGUUGCUAAACUCAACAUCUUCUUUGAGGAGCUGAACUACAAAACCAAUUCUGAGUCUCCCUCUGUCACGAUGGUCACCCUCCUGUCCAACCUGGGCAGCCAGUGGAGCCUGUGGUUUGGCUCCUCAGUGCUAUCUGUGGUGGAGAUGGCCGAGCUCAUCUUUGACCUCCUGGUUAUCACGUUCCUCAUGCUGCUGCGGAGGUUUCGAAGCCGAUACUGGUCUCCAGGACGAGGGGCCAGGGGUGCAAGGGAAGUGGCCUCCACUCCAGCUUCCUCCCUUCCUUCACGCUUCUGUCCCCACCCUACGUCUCCAUCCUUGCCUCAACCAGGUCCUACUCCCCCUGCAGCCUUGACAGCCCCUCCACCUGCUUAUGCUACCCUAGGCCCCUGUCUACCUCCCUUGGGCUCGGCAGGGGCCAGCUCCUCUGCCUGUGCUCUGGGAGAGCCGUGACAGGGAACCUAGCCCAGUGUGUUCCUUGCACUAAGGCCUGUGCUCCCAUGUGGGAAGGGCCCAGACUUGGAAGGAAUAAAAGAUGUUUGGGGCUUCCUCUCAAAGCUACCCACUGCCUUUGGUGUGGGGAAGGAAGCAGGAUGAGUAAGGGGUCCAGGAAGUUGCCUAGAGAACAGCGGCCAACAAAGCCGCCCAGAAUUGCUUUGGUCCUCCCUGUACCCUCAGUCCUGCCUCUGAACACUGAUUUCCACACAAGUGCAGACAAGUCUCCCUUUCCCUUGGAUCAGCCAAGCCAAACUUGGAACUUUGACAAGGAACUUUCCUAGGAAACAACCGAUGACCAGAACAAAACACAAACAAGGAUGUACAAAGGCAAAAGCAUGUUCAGGUUUCCUACCCACAGUGACCAAAGCCAACCCCAGCCUGGCCUGGCCACACCGCCAUCCAGUGAUACAGAUGUCUGCUCCUCUUCUUGAACUUGGGUGGGGAACCCCACCCAAAAGCCCCCUUUGUUAGUUCUUGGGCAAUUCCCCUUCCCUGACUGCAGGGCAGGAGCCGGAGCAGACCAGUGUACAAAGGUUUGGCCAUUCCCAGUCAUUCCCAAGACACUUCUAGUCUCAUAUUCCACACCCCUGCAGAGAUGCACCCCAGUGCCUCUGCCCUGUGUCCUUCAUUCCCCUGCAUGACUGCUCAAGCUUUUUCUUCAGCCUGGAUGCUUCCCUCAACAUCUGGAAAACUAUGCAUCCUUUAGAACCCUGCUCGACACCAUUACUUCCUUGAAGGCUUCUGCCCCAUCUUGUCUUCCCCAGAAUUGAUCACCCACUCUCCUUUGGACUCCCAUAGCCCACUAUAACAUCUACUGGACUGCUGAUGAUGCAUUAUACUUUCAUGUUCAUCUGUGUCUUCCUCCCUGACUAGACUGUGAGCUCCUUGUGGUCAUUUAUGGAUACUCCAGGUCUAGCCUAGUUUCCUUCUUGGAGCAAGUAGGCAGGUUCUCAAUAAAUGUUUGUUGCACAAAGCAAUGUCUGGAGAGUUGGAUGGGGGCC